AUGUCGCAAAACGCAAUCGUCUCAACCGAUCUGCCCCUCACCCUGAUCGCAAAGGGCAAGGUGCGCGAUGUCUACGACGCCGGUCUCACCCAAGGCCCUCACGCCGGUGCCAUCCUCUUUGUUGCUACCGACAGGAUCUCAGCAUUCGACAUCAUCCUUCAGAACGGAAUCCCCAACAAGGGCAAGCUGCUUCAUGCACUUUCGACAUUCUGGUUCGGCCUUUUGACGCCUUCACUCAUCGAAUCCCACAUCAUCGCCACCGACUACGCCGAGUUCCCCGAUGAGCUCAAGCAGAAGCUUGAUGGCGUCAAGCACCAGGUUGAGGGUCGAUCCAUGCUUGUCAAGCGUGCCAAGGUUUUGCCUAUCGAGGCGAUUGUUAGGGGCUACAUCACAGGUAGUGGAUGGGCAGAGUACAAGCGCACAGGCACAGUGCACGGAAUCAAGCUGGCCGAGGGAUUGCAGGAGAGCCAGGAGAUUCCCAACGGUCCGCUCUUCACCCCGAGCACCAAGGCGGAACAGGGUGACCACGACGAAAACAUCCACCCGGACAAAGUUAACGACAUUAUUGGAGCAGACCUUGCCAAGCGCAUGUCGACCGCCGCCGUCGCCCUCUACUCCAAAGCCGCAGCACACGCCAAGUCGCGCGGCAUCAUCCUGGCAGACACCAAAUUCGAAUUUGGUCUCGUCGGCGACAACAACGACCAGAUGAUCUUGGUCGACGAAGUCCUCACUCCCGAUAGCUCGCGCUUCUGGUCUGCCGAGAAAUACGCUGUCGGUCGCGGUCAGGACAGCUUCGACAAGCAGUAUGUGAGGGACUGGCUCAAGGCGAACGGUCUGGACAAGGCUGCUGAUCAGGGUGUGCCUGUCACGUUGCCCGAGGAUGUGGUCAAGAGGACAGAGGAAAAGUACAGGGAGGCCUACGAGCUGAUCACCGGGCGCAAGUACGCUUGA